UUCGGACCGCAGUGGGAACAUCGGCGGCAGAGGGAGAUCGUUCGAGUGCGCGGGGAGAAUCGAGGCCGUUUUUGUGAUGCGCCCUUGCGGAGAGCUAGCUAAGAGGCAUCUUCUCGUGCGAAUUCAUUCUCUCUCGUCUUCUCCUUCCUUUCUGUGCGUUGCUGAUUCUCUUUCUAUCUAGAGCGUUUUACCACCCAACCCGCUCUGUCGGAAUCCCCCUCGACAUACAGUAGUCAGAAAGUUCGAUUCUCCUGGCUUUGCUUUAUUAAAUCGGGAUUUUACUGUAUCUGUUAUUCAUCUAGAAAAACGAACCUAGAGGGCUCUGAAGUUCCCUUACUAAAUGCACAUGAUAGACUGCAGAGUGAUCUAGAAUAAACAUAGAAGGAAUCUGCAGGAAAACCCCAAAGGAAUAUUUUGGCAAAUCCAUAUUGCUGAGGUUACACCUACACGGCAGUUUUUGAAAGGCACUGAGCUUCGCACUUUACUUGUCAAGCAAGUUUUGUUUGUAAAGGACACAACUUGGUUUGCACGAGAACAUGGCAGAGCCACUUCAGUGGGCCAGAGACAAAUGGCAGAGCAUGGUUUCUGCAGAAGGCAAUAAUGAUGUCACCAUCCAGCAGCCGGCCAAGACCACCAGUAAACACAGGAUAGUUAUACCAUGUCUGGGGCAUUUUAAGGAAGAAUACGAAAAAGUAUCCCACCUGUAUCAAAACAACAGAAUACGGACUACAAAGUACCGACUUUGGAACUUUGUACCGAAGAACAUAUUCGAACAGUUUCACAGAGCUGCCAAUUUAUAUUUCUUAUUUAUAGUUUUGCUGAACUGGGUUCCAGUGGUGGAAGCUUUCAGGAAAGAAAUCACCAUGAUCCCUCUCAUUGUGGUUCUCACAAUUAUUGCUGUGAAAGAUGCUGUCGAGGAUUACGCAAAAUACCAGUUGGACAAAAAAAUAAACAACAUAGUGACUCAAGUCUAUUGUAGAAAUAAAAAGACAUACGUCGAGAAGUUCUGGAAAGAAGUUAAAGUUGGUGAUUUCAUCCGGCUGUUGUGUAAUGAGGAGAUUCCUGCUGACAUGGUGCUGAUAUAUACUAGUGAUGGAGAUGGAAUCUGUCACAUUGAAACAUCAAGCCUUGAUGGAGAGACCAACCUGAAACAGAGACAGGUUGUGAGAGGAUUUGGCGAGCAGGAAACUGAAGUUGAUCCGGAAAAUUUCGCAAGCAGGAUAGAGUGUGAGGCCCCAAACAAUGAUCUUACCAGGUUCCGGGGGUUUAUGGAGCACCCAGAUCAGGAACGAGUGGGCCUAAGCAAGGAUAACUUGCUGAUGAGAGGAUGCACCAUCAGAAAUACAACAGUUGUUGUUGGCAUUGUGGUGUAUGCAGGUCACGAAACCAAGGCAAUGUUAAACAACACAGGGCUUCGGUACAAGCGAAGUAAGCUAGAGAAGAACGUAAACAGAGACAUCAUCUGGUGUGUUCUGCUUCUAGUUGUGAUGUGCUCUAUAGGGGCCGUGGGUCACGGGUUUUGGCUAGGUGCCCAUCCAGACCCACCUCUCUAUAGUAGCGGAAAGCAAAUUGCUCCAGCACUGGGAGCGUUUUUUAUGUUCUGGACAAUGAUAAUUUUAUUGCAGGUUUUGAUCCCGAUUUCUCUUUAUGUCUCCAUUGAAUUUGUCAAAUUGGGGCAAAUCUAUUUUAUCCGGAAUGAUCUUGAUUUGUACCAUGAACCAACAGACACCGGGAUCCGGUGUGGAUCUCUGAAUAUUGCCGAAGACCUUGGGCAGAUUGAGUACGUUUUCUCUGAUAAGACCGGAACCCUCACUGAGAACAAAAUGGUUUUCCGAAGAUGCAGCAUUGCGGGGAUGGAAUAUGGUCAUGAAGAGAACGCUAAGAGGCUAGAAUCAUACCUAGAUUAUGAUGAUGAAGAAGAUGAAGAAGGAAUACGCGCUUCGUAUUCCACUUUGAAGCGCCCAUCAAGAUUUUCCACCUGCAAACCGGGUUGUUUCCAGAGUGCAAGGUCUUUGAGCCGCUUGUUUAGCUCCACCUCUGCCUUGCGAACUAGUAUAUCACGCACGACACAAAUGGCCUUCAGCAGCCCAAUUGAGACUGAUGUUGUGCCAGAUGAAGUCCUUGAAAGGAAGUUGAGGAGGGUCACUUUCAAAUCCUAUACAACAUCUGAGGUCAUAGGUCUAACCCCAGAGACCGUGUACAUCGCUGAAUUCUUCAUCGCUCUGGCGAUUUGCAACACUGUCGUUGUUUCAACGCCUGAUCAACCACAGCGAAAGAGGCGAUGGACUGCAAAAACCCGACUUCCCACUUCACACUUUAUGGACCUGAAGCAAAUUUUCCAUAAGUUCUCGGCCCGAAAAAUAAGCCCCACCUCUGCUCGAAGCUCAGGUACCGGUACGGGUGGAUCAGAGUCUGAAAGCGAUCGCUCACACAAGUUGUCCAUUUUCCGUGUGAAGUUUCCGUCAUCUCUUUCGGAUCAAAGCUCUUCGUCCGAAAGCCCAUCCAACUCCAUAAUUUCAGGGCACGACCAGACGGAGACCUCGAGUAGAUUCAAAGAAAUGUCACCCGGAAACGGGCCCGGGUCAUCUCCUGAAGGCGACCUGUUCUAUGAAGCAGAGAGCCCUGACGAAGCGGCCUUGGUUUACGCUGCCAGGGCUUACCAAUGCCGUUUGCAGUCCAGGAGUCCCGAGGUGGUGACGGUACAGUUGGAACCUUUGGGACUGUUGACGUUUCAGCUGCUGCACAUCUUGCCUUUCGAUUCCGUCCGCAAACGGAUGUCCAUUGUGGUGAGGCACCCCAUUUUGAACCACAUCGUCUUGUACACCAAAGGAGCAGACUCUGUCAUCAUGGAUCUGCUGCAGAAAGAACCAACAGGUAUUAAGAAGAUUGACGCGCAGAUGCAAAGAAUUAAGGCCAGAACUCAGAGGUAUUUGGAUGAUUAUGCUGCACAAGGACUGCGCACUCUCUGUGUAGCUAUGAAGGUGUUGAGUGAUGAGGAAUAUAACGAAUGGUUAAAAGGACACUAUGCCGCGGAACACAACAUAGAGUGCCGGGAUGGUAUGCUCCUUGAGUCGAUGCAGAGGCUUGAGAACCAAUUAACACUGCUUGGUGCCACUGGGAUUGAAGACCGAUUGCAGGAAGGUGUUCCGGAAACCAUAGAGGCGCUCCGAAAAGCAGGAAUUAAAAUCUGGAUGCUGACUGGCGAUAAAAGUGAGACAGCCAUCAACAUAGCACAUUCCUGUAAAUUACUGGCGCCAACUGAUCACAUCUUCAUCCUGCAGUCUGAUCACCUGGAUUCCUGUUCGUUGAAGAUGGACAAGAUUUUGGGUGACAUCAAGUGGAAAGAAAGCUAUCAGGCAAGCCAUUUGAGAGUCCCAGACUCAUCAGUUGCUCAAAUUCCAGAGUUCACUGCUGCCCUAGUUAUAGAUGGAGCAACAUUAGAAUUUGCCUUGCAUGACAGUAUGGCGAGCAAGUUCCUGCAGCUCACAACAUGUGUACGGGCUGUCAUCUGCUGCCGAGCCACCCCUCUGCAGAAGAGCAAAGUGGUGGAAAAGAUCCGAAAGGAACUGAAGGUGAUGACAUUGGCUGUAGGUGAUGGUGCCAACGAUGUUAGUAUGAUCCAAGUUGCUGAUGUUGGAAUUGGAAUCUCUGGACAAGAAGGCAUGCAGGCUGUGCUGGCGAGUGAUUUUGCGCUUUCUCAGUUCAGACAUCUCAGCAAGCUGCUGUUCGUACACGGCCACUGGUGUUACACGCGAUUAGCAAACAUGAUCCUUUACUUUUUUUACAAGAAUUUGGCAUAUGUAAACCUCCUGUUCUGGUUCCAGUUCUUCUGUGGGUUUUCAGGAACACCCAUGACCGACUACUGGAGUUUGAUUUUCUUCAAUCUGCUCUUCACAUCAGUACCACCUGUCUUUUAUGGUGUUUUGGACAAAGAUGUCUCCGCAGAAGUCCUGUUGCACUUGCCAGAACUUUACAAGGCUAGUCAGAAAAAUGAGCCAUACCUGUUUUCAACCUUCAUAGUGAACUUAUUAGAUGCUUUUUACCAAAGUCUAGUUUGCUUUUUUAUCCCUUACUGGACCUACAGUGGUUCUGAUAUAGACCUCUAUUCUUUUGGGAGUCCUAUUAACACCUCCAUGUUUUUUACAAUAUUAUUACACCUCGUGAUUGAAAGCAAAUCUUUGAAUGUGGCACACUUCUCUGUUCUAGCUGGUAGCGUCUUCCUGUUCUUCAGUAUUAUUGGGACUUUUGGAGCUACCUGCAUCCUCUGCAACCCACCAGCCAAUCCAUAUUGGAUAAUUCAGAAACAUUUGUCUACUCCAAGGUUUUAUCUGGUGUGCAUACUUGCAACUCUUUUGGCUCUUCUUCCAAGGUAUUUGUUCAGGGUGAUCCAGACCACAGCAUUUCCAACUCCACUGCUAAAGGCCAAGAACUUGGAAGGUCGGAUCCUUACAGGACGGAGAAGUCUGAUGCGCAGUGCAAGUGUAGCCCGAUCAUGAGGGGUAGAAUUGAUCACCAAGGGACAAAUGGGGAUUCUGGGUCUGCUAAUUCUGAAGAUUCAGCAAAAGAAAACAACAUCAAGUGUUGUGGUUUGUUGCUGUUGCCAAUACAUCUAGUGCCAUUUUGUAAUAACGUUGGAGACAGCCUGAACAGGCAACCAAGGCACGUCUGAAAAUGGCGGCAGGCUGAGUUGUGAGGGCACUGAAAUGUUUAAGCCCCUCAAAGGAAUUCUAUUCCAUCACAUAUGGAGCUAGUGAUUCUUAAGUUGGAGGGUUAGACUUUACUUCUGAAGAAGACCACACUGAUAUUUCUCUCGUGAAUAAGGCUGAUUUGGAUUCUGCCUAGGGCAUAUAGGAGGGUUUAAAACACUCUGCCAAAAAGAGUGUUAUUUAUGCUUUAAUGUCCAAAAGAGGAAGGGUGGUACAUUUAAAUGAUCUUUCUCAUAUGACUUUUCUUCUUUUUCUAUGAAAUUCAGCCACCACCCACUGCUUGUGCUUUUUUAUGUACAAAAAAGUACUUGGAAUUUGUUCAAGAUAUAAGCAAAGAAAUGCUGUCCCCUCUUCCACAAUGGAUAAAUCAUUUCAUAUGAGCCUUGAUAGCAUGGAAGGGAUAUUUAAGCCUGGCCAGGCAAGGAGGUUUUGGGAUUACUGAAUUUUGACUUUAUUCUUUCUACUGUUAUCAUAAUGUUUAGUUCUGGGGCAGUCAGUGUUAAAGCAGCUCUGUCUAACAAGAUGCACAGUAGUUCCCUCUGAAAACAGCUGUGCAAAACCUAAAUCACUUUCAUAAUAAAACAGUAUUUGUAAACUCUUCAUGGAAGCAAGAUUCAUAGAUGAUAGGAGCCACUUCUCUGGAGAAUAAACUAGCUGAGGAUGCAGGAAAGACAUUUCUACACAAGCACAGCAUUUUUGUAUAUAUGAUGAUUAUGUGAAUGUGAGAAACUGUCUGCACUUUUAUUUCCUUAUGGAAGGAAUACUGUUAAAUUUGUUCUUUUAGAAAUGAAUAUUUGUACUGUAAAC